UCUCUCUCUCUCUCUCUCUCUCUCUCUCCUUUUGCUUUCUUGGUAGUAGCAGGGAGGAAGGAGGGGGUGGGCGCAAGAAAGAGGGAAAAGAGAAAACAGAAAAAGAAUUGCAUGCCGCUAUGUCUGAAUAUAGCCUCUACUUCUUAAACAACAGAGUUUGCUGGUCUCCCUCCCCUAUCCUGCAAUUUAAUUCCUUACAGAUUUUGCCAUGGGGUGCGGACUUAGAAAGCUAGAAGACCCUGAUGAUAGCAGCCCUGGAAAAAUAUUUUCUACCCUGAAGAGACCGCAAGUGGAAACAAAGACAGAAUUUGCUUACGAAUAUGUAUUGCUGGACUUUACAUUACAAGCUUCGCCAAACCCAGAAGUCAUCAAGAUAAAUUCCAUUCUUGAUAUAGUAACAAAAGUGGAAGACUACUAUCUUAAAGGAUAUAUUGUUGGAGCUAUUCAUCCUGUUAUACAACCUGUGGGGCAGCAAAAACACUUGCCUGCAAGUUACCUAUACAGGGUGGUGCUCUCGCGCUUGAAAUUAAGCUCGAAGCAUUCGACAGCACCCAGUGGACAAAGACGCCCAAGGCUUGUGAUUGAGGAAUGUCCUUUAACUUAUGAGACACAAACAAAUGACGUAACAAAAGAACUGAUAGAAAAGGUUAAUGUAGCUGGUAAAAGAGGAAUGAGAUUUGUUGGAUUCAUAUCACAGCACUAUGCACCACUUAAAUUCUGCAAUGGAACCACCCUUGAUGGAGACAUUGAAUCAACACUGCAUGUGAGACGUAGUCCAGAGGAAAACUGUAAAAACUGGAAUGAAGGAACAUUAAGUGGGCAAUCGUCUGAAAGUGGAAUCGAGGAAGAACUGCAUCGUGAAAGCGGACAGUGUCAAAUGGAACGAGAUGGCAGCCCCAGUUUCUCUAAAUCAAGAAAAGGAGAAGAUAACAAGUUGUAUACAGUCUUCAAUGUUUUUGAUGAUGAAUCAACCUGCUGGAACUAUCAGGAAGGCAUCCUGUCAAUGAAAGUAACAAGAAAAGGCUCUGUCAUUAGUACACUUGAUGCUGAUUGGCUGGAGUUAACUACAUUUUAUUAUAAACAAGGCUUGUCUUUAAUUGAUUCUUUUGUAUGCUGGGAAACAUCUAAAGGGGAUCAACUGUCGAAAUCUUUGGAAGGAGUCUUUAUCUAUGAAGAAGAAGGCUCUGGAGUACCAGGAUUCAGCAGGAAAGGAAAUGAUGCCAUCGUAGUAGAACAAUGGACAGUUAUUGAGGGUUGUGAAAUCAAGACAGAUUAUGGUCCUCUGCUGCACACUCUGGCUGAGUUUGGAUGGCUCCUGACAAGCGUGUUGCCUACUCCUAUACUGAGACAUGACAGUGAGGGGAAUUUGGCUACAAAGCAGGUUGUAUUCCUUCAGAGACCAGUUAUGUGGAAUUCAGCUGCUCAGACACCAGAAAGGAAAGGCAGUCGGCACGUGAAAGGUGAAGACAGGAGUAAAGUCCCAAGCAGGAGUGUCAGCUUGGACACAGACCUGUUACAGCCUGCAGAGAGCAGAAGCCCACCUGAGGAGUGCCUACUCGCCCCUUCUAGAGAAUGCUGGAUGAAGAAGAGGCCAGCCCAGCCCAGCAGCUUCUCCGGGUUCAGCAACAGUGACAGCGUCCUGCGGGAACUAGAUGAUGGACAGUUUGACCAGGAAGACGGAGUAACUCAGGUCACUUGUAUGUGAGCAAAGAAGGAAAGCAACAGACGUUCUGUAAAUAAUUAUUAAAGUAAUUCCCAAGUUACUUUACUGUACUUCUUUAUCUGCAUUUAUGGGAUACUUUGAAUCUUUCCAGACUCAGGCUUUCCUCUAAUCUACCUAAACUUUGGUUCAACCUCCCAGGCAAGGAAGAGUAACCAACAUAUUUGUGAAUUUAGAAGCAUGUUUCACAGUUUUCUCAACUAAAACAUGUUUAAACAGAUGCCUCAUUAGGAUAUUAACUGAUAAUGUACUUCAGUUUCUCAUGAAUAUGCAAAGUAUAUUUUUCUUACAAUUGCUGGUAAGACAACUAAAUAUCUCAAUCAGUAUUUUUACCUAAUUAGAAAAUUCUCAGGAAGUUAGAGUCUUACUUAAGCUGAAAAUUUUCUCUUUCCCUCUCUCUCUUACACACAUAUAAAGGGCUAAUUAAUAAAAUACCUAUUACCUGAAUAUAACAAUUAAGCCAAGUUUUGUCUUUAAGUAUGGCAUGUACAUACAAAGCAAAUCCUUAUUUGUUAAAAUAUCCUUUUAGGGAUAUUUUAGGGAAUCUACCUGAUAAAGAAUUCCGAAUAAUGAUAGUGAAAUUGAUCCAAAAUCUUGAAAUUAAAAUGGAAUCACAGAUAAAAUAUCCUUAAAAAAAAAAUCUUUUUUUUUGUAUGCCUUUAAAAAAGGGUCACCAUGUUACCAACAUUGUACUGAUUCAUCAAGCUUAAACUUUCUUGCAUCUAACAGUCUAGAAAUAGAGUGGAGCAUCAUCCCUAAAAAUUCAAUACAAAAAGAACUCACAAUGUACAUGUUUAAAAACCUUAGUAGACAGAAUUAAUUCUCUUUUUAAAAUUGUAAAUAGCUGAAAAGGGAAACACCAACUUUAAAUGAAAACUGAAGCAUUUUACAUCUAUCUAGAUGUAAAUUAUGCUUUUAUUUUGAUUGCUAAAGCAUGAAAAAUGUGGAAACCCAGAAUUUUCAGUCCUACAGGAGUAAAGAGGUGCUCACAACAUAUGUGAAAUGUAUGGUGACCUAUUUGUUCCAUCUCUGCUUUUUUUCCUCUGCUAACAGGGGAACUUUUGCCUUGCCAAACCUUUAACAGGUAAAGAUUAAAAUUUUAUAAAAUAGAAGAAUUUCAUUUUAUCUAUGAAAGACUUUGAAAUGUGGGAAACUUCAAAUGAAUUACAACUGUGCCAUUGAUGGGUUCAGCCUAUUAUAUAUUUUUAUUAGCAUUGGUGUUGACAUUAUAAGAUCAUUUGAAUAACAAAAUGUCAUUUGUUAUUGGGCUAUUGUCUUACUGAACAUUAAUGCUUAUAAUAUGUUUUACACAUAUGACAGGUAUGUAUUACAUGUUAUCAAAUAUAUGGUGUAACUGAUCUCCGUGAAUUGAUGGUAAGAUUGAUGUGCAAUUAUUCCGCUUCUACCAUGCACAAGCAUUACCUUUGUAUGUAUAAAGGAACAUAGAAUAUUCUGCUCAGUACUAUUCUGUGGAAAUAGCUACUAAUAUUGUUUGCAGAAAUGGUUUUGUUUUUUUUACUUUUAGAGAACCUGAGUUCCAUAUUUAAGAGUUGGUGAAUUUUUGGUAGAAAUAAAUACUGCUGCUGGAGCCCACAAAAUGCCAUGAGUUAUGAAACACAGGUAAUAAACUCAGAAAAAUGGGACCAUUUUUCCCAAAGGCAGGGUUUACAACAGGCAGAGAUUCUGGUAUAUAGUCUGUCAGUAUACAGAAGGAAUUUGAUGUAUUAAAGACAGAGAUAGAAAUUUAUAUUGGCUAAAGAAAAACUCAGAAAUCUUGCUUUUAAUUCUUAAAAAUUUGCAUAAAAAUGCUUUCUUUUCACA